CGCUGGAUGUUGCUGGGAAGCAGCUCCGGGUUGCAGGGCAGGAAUGUGCCCUUCCCCCGCGGCAAACUUGCAACGGAAGCAGGAACUUGCUAACCACAAGACCCGUCGGACGCGUGCGGGAGCUGCCGAGCAUCCCCCGCAGUCCUCGCCGAGACCCUCGCGCGGAUCGCCCGUCCUUCCCGCGAGCGCGGCGGAGCUGUCCUCGCACCAGAGAGGCCCCGAGGUCCUCCGCCGCCAGGGAGAAAUUCCGUCACCUGUGCAGUCUUCUCCACGCAAACUACGACCAGAGGAAGGAUCAUCCUUGACCUUUGAAGACCAAGAAUAAACUGAAAUUUAAAAUGUUCUUCAGAGGAGACGGGAGCUUGACUUACGCUUUGGUGAUCAUUUGUUUCCUGAUGCUAAGGCUGUCUGCCAGUCAGAAGUGCCUCACCAAGAGUCUAGACGAUGUUAUUAUUGAUAUCCAGUCAUCUCUUACGAAGGGAAUCAGAGGCAAUGAGCCCGUACAUACAUUAACUCAAGAAGACUGCAUUGAUUCCUGCUGUUCAACAAAAACCAUCUCAGGGGACAAGUCGUGUAACUUGAUGAUCUUCGACACUCGAAAAACAACUGGACAACCUAACUGCUACCUAUUUUUCUGUCCCAGUGAGGAAGCCUGUCCACUGAAACCAGCAAAAGGACUUAUGAGUUACAGGAUAAUUAGAGAUAUUCCACCUUUGACCGGAACUGACUUGCCCAGCCAAGAGUUGGCCCAAGAAGGUUCUCUGUCACAUGGCCAGUCUUCACAAGCCAUCACUUCCCCACCGCCUCCUCUGCUGGGUUAUUCAAAACCCGCUGACAACUCACAGGGACGUGCCUUUUCUCAGACGUUUGGAUCCUCAGAUCACUUGGAGAAAGUAUUCAAGAUUGACCAAGCAAAUACCCAGGUCCCUGUUUAUAAAGAAAAAACCCAUCCUGAGAGUUCGCAGGUUUCCUCAGAAAGAGAAAUAGCUCAUGGGCUGCCUGAAGAUGUGACUGCAUUCCCGGGUACAGUGGCUGUCGUUUCUCUACACACCUCGGCUCCUCCGAAGCCGGCAGUUCUCGCAGCCACCACUGCUUCAGUGAUACCUUCCAGGACCUCUCAGCCAUCACUGGCCACCACAGCUCCUCCUGUGACCACUGUCACCGCUCAGGGCCCCUUGGCUCUCAUUUCUACAAUUUUCACUCUGGCUGCGGUUGCACCCCAAGCAAUGGCUACGACGGCGGUUCCGACUACCAUCUCUCAGGCACCUGCAGGCUUGACAGGCACCCCAGAAGGGGUUCCCUUGGGAGAAAUCUCCAACCUAACUUUGAGCGCACAGGGUGUACAUAACACUGCCACACUUUCUUUGUCGCAUGUGGAGUCUUCUGCUACGAAUCACACUGUCUCCGGGGAAAAUGGGAAGGCCAGUCCCGGCAGUUCCUGGCUGAGCAAUGUCCCCCCAAACCAAUAUGAGCUUCCAUUUGAAAAGUGGCUUCUCAUUGGGACCCUGGUCUUUGGUGUUCUGUUCCUGGUGAUAGGCCUUGUCCUCUUGGGUAGAAUGCUCUCAGAAUCCCUCCGCAGGAAACGUUACUCGAGACUGGAUUAUUUGAUCAAUGGGAUCUAUGUUGACCUCUAAGGAUGAAACUAAAUGUCUCUUAAUUCGUUUAGUAACUAUAAUGGAAGCCAAGUGCAGUGAGUUUCUGUUGACUUGCUAAUCUUAGCAGGAGGUUGUAUUUUGAAAAGAAAUAUGCCCCCUUCUACUUUCUUUGUGUUUGUGUUUUGAGGCCGAGGGAAAGGAACCAAAUUAGGCAAUUUAGAUGAUCUGUCCCUAAAAUAUUAGCUGAAAACAAAGCUCUACCUAAAGUAAUAAAGUAUAAUUGCCAUAUAAAUCUGAAAAUGUGACUGUCUUUAUGCGAAGAAAAAAGGCUAGGACAUCUAGGUUCCAAUUCAUUAAUAUCUUUGGUUCCAUAUAAAAUCAACUGUUUAUGAUAUUAGUUCUAAUGGAUUCCCUUUUCUUUUUAUAUGAAUUCCAAUAAAACUUAUUCCAGAUGUAUUUUCUUCCAAUUAAAGAUUUGAAUAAAUCUUUUGUUACUCAGUAA